AUGCAUCAGAUCAAAGCUCGUCCAUCAUCCAAAGAACCAAACAACCUCGCCUCUUCCAACCCUCGACAUCAACUACCUCACCUCUCUCUCUCCCUCCCCACCACCGCAACAGCAGGCGGCUCCGUGAUAACCUCCGCCGGCGCCGUCCCGCUACCCCCAUCACCUUCCGCCUCCGUCCCCCUCCCCGCUCCCCCGGUCCCCGUCUCACCGCCCCUCCGCCCGGAAGACCCAGCAUCAUACCCAGGCGGCGCCCCCCUCUCCGCAGCAACCGCCCUCCGAAUCCCACUCCCCGUGCCCGUCCCCGUCCCCGUCCCCGAGAGAUCCCUCAACUCCGUACCCUGCCCUUCCCCUUCCUCCCCAUCCUUGUCCCCGUCGUACGGCGGCGGCGCCUCCCCGAGCUCAUUGAGCCCUUCCUCCUGCCGUCUCGUCACGCCGGCGCGCGUCUGCCUCGCGGCCCGCUGCCGCGCCGCAGGCCCUCCUCCGCCUCCGCCCCACGCGUCCCCGAUGAUCACGCGCCCGCCCGCCGCGCGCCCGACGUACGUCGCCCCCAUCCCAGACUCCGGGUCGCCGCGCUGCAGCCGCCGGCGGCGGUGGCAGGUGUAG